UUUCACAAUGAGCUCCCAUCUUGAUGCACAUCAGAAAAUCCACACUGGGGAGAAAUUUUAUGAUUGUGUUCGGUGUGGAAAGGCUUUUGCACGGCAUUCCAGUCUUGCUAAGCAUAAGAGAAUCCACACUGGAGAGAAACCUUAUGAAUGUAAUCAAUGUGGAAAGUCUUUCACAGGGAGCUCUAGUCUUGCUACACAUCAGAGAAUCCACACUGGAGAGAAACCUUAUGAAUGUAAUCAGUGUGGAAAGCCUUUCACACAGAGCUCUGGUCUUGUGAGACAUCAGAGAAUCCACAGUGGAGAGAAACCUUAUGAAUGUAUUCAGUGUGGAAAGACUUUCACACAGAGCUCUGGUCUUGUUGCACAUCAGAAAAUCCACACUGGAGAGAAACCUUAUGAAUGUAAUCAAUGUGGAAAGGCUUUCAGAAGGAGCUCUAGUCUUGCUAUACAUCAGAAAAUCCACACUGGAGAGAAACCUUAUGAAUGUAAUCAAUGUGGAAAGGCUUUUAGAAGGAGCUCUAGUCUUGCUACACAUCAGAGAAUCCACACUGGAGAGAAACCUUAUGAAUGUAAUCAGUGUGGAAAGACUUUUACAGUGAGCGCCAGUCUUGCUGCACAUCAAAGAAUCCACACUGGAGAGAAACCUUAUGAAUGUAAUCAGUGUGGAAAGUCUUUCACAUACAGCUCCCAUCUUGUUCGACAUCAGAGAAUCCACACUGGAGAGAAACCUUAUGAAUGUAAUCAGUGUGGAAAAACUUUCACAGUGAGCUCCAGUCUUUCUAAGCAUCAGAGAAUCCACACUGGAGAGAAACCUUAGGAAUAUAAUCAAUGUGGUAAAACCUUCAGGCAAUAAUCAUCUCUUAUUUCCCACCUUAGAAUUCAUAUUAUAUAGAAAUCUUAUCCCUAUUAUAAAUGAGGAAAGGUGUCUACUUGUCUUUUAGAGGUUGCUCAAAAUUAGAGAAUUUAUUUUUAUGAGCAGCUCUAUAUGAACCCCUUGUGGGAAGGAUUUUAGUCUGACAUAUCUUACUUUAUCUCAGAGGAUUCCCUGUGGAGAAAAGAUUUAACUAAUAUGUUCAAGGGCAUUUGUCUCCGGGAGGGUGAUAAGUAGACAACAACAUUGAUACUGGAAUGAA